AACUGGAAUUUCGAUAAUAUGUCAUUAACUAAUAGAUUUAUAAUAACAGUAUUUCUAUUAAUUGGUGCCGCAGUGGUAGGUUUAAGCAAGUAAAUAAUGAUAAAAUCUCAAAAUCGAAAUGUUAAAUUAAUUUUGUAAACGUAAACUAAAAGUACAGUGUGAUAACUACUUCAGGCAGCAGUUACAAAUGGUAAUAACAAUCAACGAUCAUUUUUUGAAUAUUUAACAGUUCUAUAACAUUUUGAUGGUCACAAAAAACAUAAGUAUCUGUAAAUAUGCAAAAUUAUGAAUUCGUCGAAACUUAUAUACAACCAGAUCAAAAUAAACUUUUCGUCUUCGAUGAAUGUGUUGAUAAUUUAACCAAAAUAGAAAUGGAAUUAACUCCAAGUUGUGUUUUGGAAGCUUCCAUGGUGUCAAUGAGCGAUACUGUUUCGAACAAAUAUUGUUCUAUUCCAUGUAAUCGAAUAGAAGAAUUUUCAUUAAAGAAAGUGACCUUACCUAUUUUCGAAGAACUUACUUCUCCAAAAUUCGUUUUAUCAAUUUUAAAUUUACUAAAUAAUGAAAAUGACAAAACUGCAACAUCUUUGGUCGACGAAAUUAUCAUUUGAAACAAACCUAAUUUGUCUUAAACGCUGAACAUAAAUACACAGUGUCCGCAAAGCAUCUGUUUUGUUACUCAAUUCAUUGGAAAGAACAUAACUUUCGAUUGGACUUACACUCACAAGACAAGCUACAGUUGCAACUAACUAUUCAUUAGACACAGAAUAGAAAAUUUUUAUACACAAACAACUUAAUGUACAUAUUUUGUUGUAGAGAUUAUUAUUUUUGAAA